AUGCGAGGGUCUGGCAGGCAAUGGCCUCCCCGAGCUCAGUCCCGCCCGCCCUGGGCGUGGAGUCGCGGCUCCUCCCAGCCGCCGCCGGAGCUCGUCCAAGCCAUUCGCGAGUUCGGCAGGAGUCUCGAAACGCCGGCCACGCAGGAGAGGCGCUGCCAGAGCGCGGACCCCAGCAGCGGCUUAGCGGGAAGACACCAAAGCGCUAAUCAGGGUCGGGAGAGGCAGCAGACCUCAAGCCUCCGCCGGCUGGGCGACGGCGCUGACGUCACGGGCGCGGCGUGGCGUGGCGCCGGGGAAACUGACGUUGCUGGCGGUGGUGUACACAUCGAGCCCCGGUAUAGACAGUUUCCCCAACUGACCAGAUCACAAGUGAUUACAGCCGAGAUCUUCAGUGCAACCAUGUGGUUCUGGAUUCUCUGGCGCUUUUGGCAUGACUCAGAUGCUGUGCUGGGUCACUUCACGUAUCCAGACCCUUCCCAGUGGACAGAUGAAGAGUUAGGUAUCCUUCCUGAUGAUGAAGACUGAAAGUGCAGACUCAGCUCUUGACAAGAACCAGGUGUUAAUUUCAAGAAAUUAUGGACUUCAUAUUGUACAUUAAAGUUACAAAUUAAAGUACUUUGGUUGAGAAUGCA